GUCAGCUGGGCGAUGGGGCCGCGGGCCUUCCAGCCGCUUCUGCAGGUGUUCGUGCUCCUGGGCCGCUGGGCCCCGGUAAGCACGCAGACGGGGGCCACCCCUGUGGGAACGACGGAGGGCCUCAGCUCCACCGAGGCAGCCCCGGCCACGCUCGGAGUCUCCCUGUCGUCUCGGCCCCCUGCCACCCCUAGGGCGCCAGACCGCUCAUCCGGUCCCAGGCCCACCCCGAUCACCGACGUUGCUGCUCUGUGUGUGUGUGACUUGUCCCCAGCACAGUGUGAUGUCAACUGCUGCUGUGAUCCUGAUUGCAGCCCCACGGAUUUCAGUGUCUUCUCUGCUUGCUCAGUUCCAGUUGUCACGGGUGAUAGCCAGUUUUGCAGUCAGAAAGCAGCCACCUACUCCAUGAAUCUUACAGCCAGUCCACCCCAAAGGAUAUUUAAAAUUGUUACAAGGAUCAACCCAUCGAUUUUCUGUAUUCAUAUUACAAAUAAUAAACCAGCAUUAUCUUUUGUUACUCCUGAAGUGCCGGAUGAAAACAAUUUUGAUGAACUCGUGAAAACAUCUCGUGGUUUCCCUUCAUUAGCUUCUUCUGCGACCCAAGGGGAUGCUUCAAACACUUUGGCCAAGUAUGAGUAUGGCGUGCCUCUGCAGACUCCGGAUUCCUUCCUGAGAUUUCCCUCUCCCCUUACAUCCUCUCUGUGCAUCGACGAGAACCCUGCAGCGUUUCUGGUGAACCAAGCUGUGAAGUGCACCAGAGAGAUAGAUUUGGAACGGUGUGAAGAAAUCGAAGCCCUGAGCAUGGCUUCUUACAGCAGCCCUGAAAUUCUGAGGGUGCCAAAUUCAAGAACAAAGGUUCCUGUCACGGUUCAGUCCAUCGUGGUCAAAUCUCUAAACCACACGGUCAGCUGGCUGAAAGACACUCACCUUGCUUUGCAACCUGCUUUUGUCAGUGCUGGGAAUUUUAACAUCUGCACCAAUGCCGUUCUUCAGGUCAAAUACAGCCUGACAUACACCAAUGCUGGUGAAGUAACAGAAGCUGGACUCUCUCUUGUUCUGGGAACAGUUAGCAGUGGAGCUGUUCCGAUCCAGCAAAUGUUUGAAAUUCAUUUUAUCCAGCAAAACACAAGGCCAGUUCCUCUCAGUGGAAACCCUGGUUAUGUUGUGGGGCUCCCGUUAGUGGCCGGCUUUCAACCUCAGAAGGGGUCUGGGAUUAUUCAGACAACAAAUAGAUAUGGACAAUUUACCAUUCUUCACAGCACAACUGAGCAAGACUGCUUAGCACUAGAGGGGAUCCGAACACCAGUGCUAUUUGGUUAUGAUAUGCAAUCCGGCUGUCAGCUGCGGGUGGCCAGUGCUGUCCCAUGUCAACUCACAGCGCAGAAGGUGAAGAGCCUGCUCAAAGGCCAGGGCUUCCCCGAUUAUGUAGCUCCUUUUGGUAAUUCCCAGGUCCAGGAUGUGCUGGACUGGGUGCCCGUCCACGUCCUCAGCCAUUCAUUCAGCAUGAAGGAUUCUUGCCAGGUUCCGGUGGCAUUGGUGAUAGAAGUGAAGUGGACUAAAUAUGGGUCCUUGGUGAACCCACAGGCUAAAAUCGUCAAUGUGACAGCAAACCUCUUUUUCUCCUCGUUUCCUGAGGCCGACACGGGAAGUGAAAAGAUUCUACUCAUCUCCACUGGGGUCACGUUUGUGGACGUGUCUGCACCUGCAGAGGCGGGCUUCCGAGCACGGCCAACCAUCAAUGCCAGGCUGCCCUUCAACUUCUUCUUCCCAUUUGUGUGACGUGCGUCGCUCAACAAGGAUGCUGCAUGGUGUGGCCGUGAGGACGUUUCCCUGAGUAUGGCAGGCACAUGGACAGAAGGCCCUUACGGCUGCCCAGCCACUACCGCCCCCUCUACUCUGCGCUCCUGACAUUGGGGGUUGGAGGGAUUUUAGUCAGCUUGGUUGGAGUGGAGACUGGGGAAGACGCCUGGUCUUGACCAUCAGCAGCCUUGUCAUUGAAAGUGGACAUGGAAUAGCCUCGGGGAGGCAGCAAGGAGAGCAGAGCACCAGGUAGCGCAGGGUUCUGGGUGUGUCCUCCCACCACCCAAGUGUGCCUUCUUUUAGCAAUAUGAGUGGUCUUCUUGCCUUUCUGGGCCCCCUUAAUAUAACUACCAGAAUAGCAGGCUAUCAUCUAACAUGGAACAAGCGGAGCACAAAGCCUCAUGGAGGGGGAUCUCCCCCACCCCUGUAUAUCAUGGUAAUUAUACAGCGCAGCAGCCUGGCUCUAAUUGCCAUGGCUGAGCCUGGCUUGGGAUCUCCUGGUGGCGGGUGUGAUGUGAAGAGCAGCUCAAGGGGUGGGAGCUGGGAAGAAUCGCGGAGGAGGACCCUGCGGGG